AUGGCAAGCCGUCCAGCAGUGAAAGUCUACAGGAAAUCUGCCGUCCCAGGAGUUUCAAUCACUCAGUUUGUUGAUCGUAUUCCAGCAGGAUGCAGUACACCUGACUUUGAGCGGAAACCUGUCACCUUAUCAUUACAGGAAGGUAAAAACGCCAUUUUCAGAGCUGUAGUCAAAGGUGCCCCAACCCCUGAGGUGAAAUGGAAGCGUGCAAAAGGAGAAAUGAAUGAUCCUACCAGAUACCAAACUUACUUCAAUCCUGCUACAAAUGAAUUCAUUCUGCAGAUAAAUAAACUCACUGCAGAUGAUACUGAUUUGUACCGCUGCUUCGCUGUGAAUGAGUAUGGGGAAGCUGUGUGCUCUGCUGGCCUCAGGAUCAUACAAGUUGGCUUUAAGAGGAAAGCACAACAAGUUCAAGGUCCUUCUGCUGAUGAGUUAAAGAAGAAACUCAAGGACUACAAGAAGAUGCUGAGAAAGCGAGCCCCACAACCACAAGCAAAACAAGUGGACAAAGAAGCAGUCUGGCAACUUCUGCUGCAUGCGGAUAAAAAAGAUUAUGAAAGAAUCUGUAUAAAAUACGGAAUUUCUGAUUUCCGUGGCAUGCUGAAAAAGCUGCAGGAAAUAAGAAGGACCACGGAGCUUGCACAUGGAGAAUUAGUACACAGUAUCAAGAACCUGCAACACAUCAUGGUCACCAAAGACGGAAAGGCUGUCCUCAGUCUAGAAAUGGAACUGAAAAACAGUAACAGCAAAAUUUAUCUGCUUAAGGAUGGUGAGAAGCUGAGAUAUGGAACAGGGGAUGAAUACAGAAAGCACUGCCUGAAACAAGUAGGAAAGAAAUACACUUUCAUUGUCAACGAUGUGCAUCCAGAAGAUGCAGGCUUGUACCAAGUCAAAGUGGAGGAUGUGCCUGUUUUCUCAACUGAGUUGGAUGCUGAAGCCAUUCCUGUGAGAUUUCAGCAGCCACUCCGUGACACGCGUUGCCACGAGGGAGAAGAUGUUGUCUUUGGGUGUACUCUGCGCACGCCCUGCUACGAUGCUGUGUGGCUGCACAAAACCCACCUCCUUGAGGAAAGUGGGAAGCACCAGAUUUCUGUAUCACCUGAUGGUCUGACCCACCAGCUGAUUAUCAAAAAUGCUGACCCCUCUGAUAAUGGCAUGUACACGCUCGACACUGGAAUCUGCUCCUCAAAUGCCUGGCUUAUUGUAGAGUAUGCCAAAGGAAAAAGACAAAAUGAAGAUGAAAGAGAUGAAACUGGCAGGCUGAGAGGACCAUUGUCAGAUAAGGAGAAGGUUAAAAAACUUCGACAAGGAGAACAUCUUGGGGACCAAGAUCAUUUUAUGGACGUUAGCACAGAAGAUGGCUUACGCAGACAUGCCCGAGAAGGCAGCCAAGGCUACUCCAUUGAUGAUGAUGGCAGACAUAGWCUUUUGGGACAAGAAGGGCUAGAUGGAGCCCACAGAAAUGGAAGGAUGGGGUUGGGGCAGUUUUCUAGAGCGGAGAUAGAUGGAGACUYGAUGAGUGAUGGUGGUGGUGGUAGAUUAGCAGGUUUAAGAGACACAAGUGGAAUAGGGGCUUUCCAUGGUGGGGAUUCUUUGACAGGCAAAGCAGGUACUGGUGAUGGCUUAGAAGGAGUAGGUGGAUUGUAUUCCAUGGAUGGCAGAGGUGAUGCUAGAGCUGGAUUCAAAAGUACAGAAGGUUCAGACACUCUUCAUGGUGCUAUGCCUGAAGAUAUUGGUGCAGGAAGUGGCUUCAGAGGUGUAGACGGUAGGGUCUCUCAUGAUGGCAAGGGUAUGUUGGAUAGUGCACGAGGAGAGGGCUCUUGGCAUGACAAGGGUAGUAAAUUAGGUGAUGCUGGUGCUAUGUUUGGUGGACUCAGUCCUGAUUCAACCAGCAGGGGUGGCAUGGGAUCUCCCUACAGUAAAGAUGGUCUAUACAGUGAGACUAGUCCAGGUACUGCAGCUGGUAAGGAUGCUGUCGGUACUGAGAUUGCUGGAGGGAAAGGAUCCCUCUAUGGCAAGGAUGACCCGAGAGUUGGAGCCAGUGGUCCUGCAGGUCAGGGAGGAAGAACUGGCUUGCUGUAUGGCCCAGAUGGUCUGCCAAUUGGAGAUGGAGCCAGAUAUGGUGCAGGUGGCCCUUCUGCAGGGGGAAUGGGAGCUUUGUAUGGCCCCGAUGGUCUACCAGUGGGACUAGGUAUUGGAGAUGCCACUGCUGGUAAACUUGGAGGGUUCUAUGGAAAGCAUGGACAGUCAGGUGAAUCUAUGGCUGGAGAUGGAAACUGGACUGGAGCUGAUGUAGCAGGUAAAGGAGGAAUAUCUCCCUAUGGAAAAGAUGGUCUUCCAACUGGAUUUGGUGUUGGUGGUGCUGGUGUAGUGGGUGCAGAAGGAUUUGGCUCUCUGUAUGGAAAGGAUGGCCUCCCAGCUGGGGCUGAUGUUAGUGGUUUGGGUGGUGCUGGGGCUCCUUAUGGAAAAGAUGGGCUUCCAACUGGGGCUGGUGUUGCUGGUCUGGGAGGUGCUGGUUCUCCCUAUGGAAAGGAUGGUCUUCCAGCUGGGGCUGGUGUUGCUGAUGGCCUCCCAGCUGGGGCUAGUGUUGCUGGUUUGGGAGGUGCUGGUUCUCCCUAUGGAAAGGAUGGUCUCCCAGUGGGAAUGGCAGCUGGGGCAGGUGCCAGUGGUGCAGAUAUGACUGGGGCAGGGGGAGCUGCAGCUUCUUAUGGAAAGGGUGGUCUCCUGGCUGGGGCUGGGGUUGGUUUAACUGCCGCAGCAGCAGCUGGCUCUCCAUAUGGAAUGGACAGUAUUCCACCAGAAUUAAGAGCUGAACUUGGUGGUGCUGGUGGUCAGGGUGUCGGGGCUGUAAGAUCUUCCCAUGGAAAGGAUGGUCUCUCAGCUGGGGCUGGUAUUGGUCUGGCUGAUGGUGAAGGAGUAGUAAGUGCAGGUGGUGUUGGGACUCCACAUGGAAAGGAUGGACUUCCUGCAGGAAUGGGGGCUGAUGUUGGUGUUUUGGGGGGUGCUGGGUCUCCCUAUGGAAAAGAUGGUCUUCCAGCUGGAGUUGGUGUCAGUGGUGGUGCUGGAGUUGAUGCUUUGGGUGGUGCUGGUUCUCUCCAUGGAAAGGACGGUCUUCCAGCUGGAGCUGGUGGUGGUGGUGGUGCUAGUGUUGAUGGCUUGGGAGGUGUUGGUUCUCCCUAUGGAAAGGAUGGUCUUCCAGCUGGGGCUGGUAUCAGUGGUGCCGGUGUUGAUGGCUCUCUCCAUGGAAAAGGUGGUCUUUCAGAUGCAGCAGGUGGUGCUCUAGCUGCCCAUUUACCUUAUGGAGGUGAAGACAGAAUGGGAUCUUAUCACAGCAAGGAUGCUAUGCUGAGCAAAACUCAAGGAUAUUUAGGUGGAGCAGGAGGAGCUGCUCAUGGCAGAUCAUCUUUAGAAGGUGAGGGUGUUAGUGCCUCUGCAACACAAGCUGCUGGAUCUCCCUAUGGCAAGGACAGUGUGACAGCUGGCUCCAGGGCUGGGGCAGGUAGUGUUGGCAGGUUGGGAAGUGAUGAAAUAGAGUUGCAUUCAAUCCAUGGUAGAGAAGGUGGGGUAGAUGCUCUUGGACUGACUCGUCAGUCUGGUCUGGAUUCCCGUCCUGGCAAACUUUCUGCACGGGAUGAAGCUGGAACUGGUGCUCCCAGUGAUAUCAGAGCAUCAGGACAAAAAGUUUCAACCAUUGACAGAGAUUCACUUUCUAAGCAAGGAAGUGCCAGGGUUGAGGACAAGGAUUCAGGACAGUUAGGUUCCUAUUAUGGCAAGGAUUCUGCCUUUGGUGGAGCAGAAGGCAAAUACUAUAGGAGAUAUCCUGAUGCGAGAAAGUUGGGUGUUCUUGGUUCACGGGGUUAUGAUCAGAUGUCAGGUCUCGAUGGAGUACUGGCUUCAAUAAACAGGAGAAUACCUGACCUUGAACUAAAAGCAAAAGAAUACUUGAUGAGUAUGGACAGUACUGAAAAAAGAAGACGUUUUCCCCAAGAUGGUUUGAGAGCACUGCGCUGCCGUGUCGACAAGCCAUUAGUAGAUGUCAGAGUCGUGAAAGGGAAGUCAGCUGAACUGGCUUGUACUGUCAGCAGUAAAGAUGUGCAAGGAACCUGGUUUAAAGAUGGAUUAAAGAUAAAAAAUAUGGAAGGAGUCCUUUUUGAAAAGCAAGGCUCAGUUCACAAACUGGUAAUUGACAAAGUAGAAGAUUUUCACGCUGGAAAAUAUAGGUUUGAAACUGCAGAUAUAAAAACAGAAGCCUCUAUUUUUGUUGAAGAUCCUCCUCAGGUUGACCAAGUUCUCCUCAAAAACCUAACAAAUGUUCCUACUGUGACCAAGGCUGGGCAGAAAGUGAAGAUCAAGAUCCCCUUCGAGGGCCAGCUACCCAUCAGAGCAACAUGGCUGAAGGAUGGAAUGGAGCUGAUAGAUGACACGAGGAUUCGUGUGGAUAAAGCAGAUACCUUUACCAUGUUGUCCAUCUCCAGCAGUGAGAGAAAGGACUGUGGGGAUUACAAAAUCAGGCUGAAGAAUGACCAUGGAGUCCUGGAGAUAAACCUGAAGCUUGUGGUAAUAGACAAGCCCGAGCAACCCACAGGACCCAUCAAAGUCAUAGAAAGCUCCUCAAGCGACAUCACCAUUCAGUGGAAACCCCCAAAGGAUGACGGGGGCAAACCAGUGCAAAACUAUAUUAUCCAGAUGCAGCAAGUAGGCAAGGAAGAGUGGGUGACCUUGGGAGAAACGCCCAAAACCUGUACCACGUUCACUACGAACAAAGUAGAACAAGACAUGGGCUAUUACUUCAGGUUGCGAGCUGUGAAUGUGGAGGGAGCCAGUGAGCCACUGGAAUCAGAUGAGGUGAAGGCUGCCAGUAAAGCUAUACCUGGUCCCCCGGAUCCUCCUGAGAUCGUCAGUACUGGCAAAGAAACGAUCACAAUAUCCUGGAAAGCACCUCAUAACACUGGCAGUUCCCGAAUUGUGGGGUACCUUGUUCAAAAGCGCAAGAAGGGUGCCAGUACCUGGGUGCCAGUCACCAAUAUGCCUGUAGCAGACAGGAAAUUGAAAAUGACCAAUCUAAAGAUGGGGCUGCAGUAUGAAUUUCGUGUGGCAGCUGUCAAUGCUGCUGGUGUAGGAGAGGCCAGUGCAGCAUCCCAGCCUGCCUUUGCUCGGGAUUCCACAGAACCUCCAGGUCAAGUGAGGGACCUUAGAGUGGCCAGCCAUGACAGCACUAGCAUCACCCUGACAUGGAAAGCCCCGGAGACAAAAGAUGGGAUUGAUGUGAAAGGCUAUGAGGUAGAGAUGCGAUCUUAUGUCAACCCCAACUGGACCAAAUGCAGUGUUCUUCCUAUCAAGGCAACGACGUACACAGUUAAGGGCCUGCAAGCCAAAGAGUUGUACUUCCUGCGUGUGAGAGCCAUCAAUGACAGUGGCCCUGGGGAAGCUGCAGAGCUUGAAACUUUUGUUGAGGCUCCUCCUCCUGUUGUUCCUCCCAGAUUCCUAAUAAAUGACAGAGUGAAAAGCUUCCUGGUUAUAAAAGCAGGCAACACCAUCCGAGUGCCAAUGCGUUUUGAAGCAUCUCCAGAUCCGGUAGUGACCUGGUUAAAGGACGGGCAUCCUCUGCCCCAAAGGGCCAAAAUAAACACCGAACAUGGUACCACCCAACUGCUGAUUGAAGCAGCUGAGUUUUCUGACACUGGCACCUACACUGUUGAGCUCCAGAAUGGGUCAGGGAAUAAAGAAUCAUUCAGUUUCCAAGUUCAAGUUACAGAUAUCCCACAGUCCCCUGGACCUGUUGUAUUAGAAGAGAACGUGCCGAAAACAGUGACAGUGACCUGGGAGCCAUCUCCAUCUGAGAAAUGGGAAAGUGAUCUCUACUACACAGUCCUGAAACGUGAAUCACAGAAGGGCUCGUGGCACACAGUUGGUGACAUGAUCUACACCAAUAAAUUCACAUACACAAAACUUAUCCCAGGCCGAGACUACUACUUUAGGGUUGUGGCAAAAAAUUGCUUGGGAACCAGUGGUCCGUCUGAAAAUGUGGAUCCUUGGAGACUUAAAAAACAAAAGGCUGAUUUCCAAAUCAGACAGCGAGAAUACAGGGGAGUUAAUCAAAAUCAACCCCCAAGAUUCCUUGUCCAACUGAAGCCUCACACGGUGACCAUUGGGACAGAGUGCCAAAUGAGCUGUGCUGUUACAGGCCAUCCGCAACCCAAGAUUACAUGGUAUAAGGAUGGCAGGGACCUCUCCAAGGAUCCUACCUAUUUGUGCAAAAACAUCUUUGGUGUCUGCUCCCUGAUGAUCCUAGGAGUUAUAAAAAAUGAUGAAGGAGAAUAUAUGGUAGAGGCCAGCAAUGCAUUGGGCCGUGCAUUCAGYAAAGCUUCCCUCACCAUUACAGGUAACAAUCUUUAA